AUGGCUUACUCUUUUCCAGCAUUUGCGCUUUCGGCGCUUUCCUUUCUUGGUUCUCAAGCUACUGCCUUUGACUACAGCAUCGUGGGUGCUGGCGAAAUAUCUUUGACAGAUGUCGAGACAGACAUCACAGAUAUCCGCACGAUAUUCACCAAUGAGCUUGUGGCUGUCACUGUGUCAGGGCUGGAGUGGGAGGAGUCUAAUGAAAGUGCAUCCAACGGCACUGACUUGCUCCAUUGGGAGACACUGGUUGGAGGCAGUGUUCAGGCAAGAGGUUCGUUCGACUUGUCGAGCUUGCCAAGCCGAGAGCUUCCCUUCUCCCUCGAGGCCGGCGAGAUCAAAGUUGACAAGGCCGGAAGGUAUGAGAUUGAAGUAAUUCUCACUGUUGACCAGAGUGAAGCGACCACAUUUGCAGAAUUCGAGGCCUAUGCAGCUGCCGCGUCGCUUGUUCCCCUUUUGGUCGUCCUCUUUUUGGCCAUGGGAACUCAGAUGGUUGAACUUUCCUUGCUGUCAGCUGUGUUUGUUGGUGCAUGCAUGGUUUCUGGAAACAUCAAGGAUGGAUUCAAGACUACGCUUGAUGACUACAUCUUAAACUCGUUGAGCUCAGUGGACCACGGAUAUGUCUACUUGUUCACCCUUUUCCUCAGUGGAAUGGUGGGAAUGCUACAAAAGAGUGGUGGAAUGAUUGGGUUCACUCAAGCCAUUGCACAGUAUGCGAAGAGUCCUCGUGCUGGACAGGUCGCCACAUUUGCCAUCUGCUGCUGUGUGUUCUUUGAUGACUACACCAACCUUCUCUUGACCGGCUCAUCUGUGAAGCCAUUGACUGAUCUACUUUUCAUUUCACGAGAAAAGAUUGCAUUCAUUGUGGAUGCAACUGCGGCACCCCUCGCUUCGUUGACACCAAUUUCUUCCUGGGUAGGCUUUGAAGUGUCACUCAUCCAGACUGAGAUCAGCAGACUCGAGGCUAUAUAUGGAGCCGAAAACCUCACGAUUGACACCUCCGCCAUUGCAGUCUUCUUGCAGUCAAUCAAAUACCGAUACUACCCAAUCUUCAUGGUUGUGCUCAUCCCUUUCCUCAUCUACAGCCAACGCGACUUUGGCCCCAUGCUUGUCGCCGAACGCAAGGCCCGUGUCUACAGGCGAAACGACGGCGGCGACGGCCGCGCCAAGCACAGCGGAGACGAAAACACAGAAGCCAACGAACCUCGCCCAGAUACUCCUCGCAAGGCAUGGAACAUGGCCGUGCCUAUCGCCCUUCUGGUCUUCUUUAUCUUCUACCUCCUGAUUCGAACUGGUGAUGAUGGUUCAGGCACCCAGUCCUUCACUGAAAAGAUUGAAUCAAGUGACAGCUACAGCGCUUUGCUUUGGGGAACCAUGGGAGCCACUGGUGUUACACUCCUUUUUUACCUCUUCCAGUUUGUCUACGACGGAGAAAUUGUCCUGCCGACGUGGACGGUCUUCAAGAGCUGCAUGGGACUGUCUCAUUCCGAUGCACCCGCCUCACAAGAAGACAACUACUUGGCCAACAAUGUUUCCAUCAACGAAGUUGAAGGCGAGGAAAGUUCCUUGAUUGCCAAUCCACCCAAGGCCCGGUCACUUAUGUCGGUCUAUGACAGUGUCGAAGCCUUCUUGUGUGGAAUGGGAAAGAUCUUCCCCGCGUUGAUUGUUCUGACCCUUGCUUGGGCUUCUGGCUCGAUAAUGACGGCUGUGGGUUGCGAUCGUUUGUUUAGCCGCUGGAUCACCCAAGGAAUCUCUGCUCAAGCCAUGCCAACAAUUUCCUUCAUCAUUUCCGUGUUCAUGGCCCUCGCCACGGGAAGUUCUUGGGGUACCAUGACAAUCCUCUUUCCAUUGUUGUGUGUCCCAACCUACCAAGUUGCAAAUGGAGAUCCCACCAUUUUCUAUGCAACCGUGGCAGGCAUCCUCAGCGGUUCUGUAGCAGGUGAUCACGUUUCUCCCAUCUCCGACACUACCGUGAUCUCAAGUAUGUCAUGCGGUUGCAAGCUCUUGGGGCACGUCAUUACACAAGCACCAUAUGCAACCAUUGUCUCCCUUGUCAGCAUCUUGUUUGGAACCAUCCCGAUUGGACACGAUGCCUUUCCCAACAUUGUAGGGAUUUUGUUGGGUGUCGUAGCGAUCGGCCUCUUUGUGUACCUCUUGUGUGCGCCCAUUUUGAGCCCCACCGGACGCUUUGAUCCCAUCACACAGUUGUGGCUCCGUUUCCGCAAGGAAUCUCCCUUGACCCAGCUCCAAGCGGACACCAUUAUUCGCUGCCAAGAUAUGGACGAGAAUGAGCCGAUGCUGCCUUCUGUCAAUGAUGACAAGCACGAGGACGAAGCCACUUCCAUUGCCAACGUUAGCUCUGCGGAUGCUUCGGGUGUGGCGGAAGCCUCCAAAAUGGUUAGCGACGACGGCGACUCAAACAGCCGAGGUUCAUCCGAACCCAAAGAAGAAGAGAACAAGGCCGAAGGGCACAGCAUCCAAUGGGUCGAGCUAUCCGUGUGA